ACGCAGUUGGGAUGACAUGAACGGUCUACUAUCAAACCCGUUUAAUAUUACAUAUCCAACUGCCGUCCAGACAUCACUCGAUGCCCAUGCGCUGGUAGCCAAGUUUGACCCAUCGGGUCGGUUUGUCGCGACCGGGAUUCUCAAUGGCGCGGCGCAGGUUUGGGAUUUGGACACGAAGGCGGCCAUACGGACUCCGGACGGGCACGUUAAAGCAGUCACAAGUCUAGACUGGUCCCGCAACUCUCGUUACUUGCUGACGUCGUCCAAGGAUUGGAACAUCAUCGUGUGGGACCUCGCGUCCGACUCGCAGCCCGUCCGUCGGCAGGCCACAAUCAGGUUCGACGCGCCUGUCGUCUCCGCAUCUUUCCACCCACGAAAUAUCAACAUCAUUCUUGUUCUGCUCAGCACGGGUGAAGCAUACGUCGUUGAUCGUCGGAAGCAAUACAAGGGGCGCUAUGAACUCUGUGAGGUACAAGAUGAUAGUGAUGACGAGGGACAGUCCAUCCGUCCGAGAUUUGCAUUCACAGUUGCUCGCUUCGACCCAUCUGGAAAGCACAUCUUUCUAGGGACGACUUCGAGUAGUAUUCUCGUCUUCAACACACGGACAAAGACGAUGGUUGCAAGGCAUCGAAUCUCCGGUGCUGGUAUCAUGCGUGGUCUCGAAUUUGAUAAGUCUGGACGUCGUCUGGUCACGAACUCCUCCGAUCGUACACUCCGUCAAUUCACCGUCCCCUACUAUCCACCCCCAUCUGCCGAUGGAGAGUACUUUGAGCAAGAGCUGGAGCCUACCUACCGCUUCAAUGACCCCAUAAACAAAAAUGCAUGGCAUGGCAUGUCGUACAGCCCCGAUGGAGAAUGGCUUGCAGGAGGUGCAGCAGACAAUGCGACACACAAAAUCUACAUCUGGGACAUUCUCAACGAGGGACAGUUUGCCACUGCCCUCGACGGCGGUCGAGAUCCGCUCAUCGACCUCCACUGGCAUCCAACCAAACCGUCGAUGGCGUCGACGACGAGUUUUGGCAAUGUCCUCAUCUGGCACUGCCCGACGCCCGAGAGGUGGGGCGCGUUCGCUGGCGGGUUCGAAGAAGUCGACGAGAAUGUCGAGUACGAAGAGCAGGAGGACGAGUUCGAUAUAGAAGAUGAGAACGAGCUCGCUCUGCGAAAGAAAAAGGCCGAGGAAGAAGAAGUCGACAUUGUUGGCCUCGGAGAUGAUGUUACUGUUCAAACGCCGGAAUAUACACAGCGCGUCGUUGAGGGAGACGAGGACAUUGCUUGGGCGCUGGAGGAGCCUGAUGACGAUGCUCUGGGAUGGAAAAUGAAAGUCAUUAUUGAAGACGACGCGGACAGUUGACACAUGUAUCACACUGCUAUAUGGCCAAUUUAUUUCGUUAAAUGGUACGAGACACAUCUGCUACGAAAAUGGAAAGCGGAAGGUGGCAUCGAGUGAAAACGUAAACGCGACGUGGAAUCUACCGAAUGGUGGGCUUCGAAGUCUCAUCCUACAGUACAAUGGCAAAGAAUGACUGCCGUCAUUACCAUUUGACAAACGUCUCAGUGCGAGCUUACCGUCACGGAACUCCCUAGUAUAGUUCGUCCAGACGCU